AAUUCGGGCGGGUUUUCGGAGUCCGGAGUGAACCACGCCACUGUCAAAUCGUCAGGGUGCAAAAACGCUACCGUUGAGAGGUUACAGUGACUGAGUUGCUUCUCUUCCUCGCGCAGCUCCUGAGUGAAUGAAUUGAGACUCUUCUCUUGAAGCGAACGACAUGAAUUCGACUUCGGGUUACAGUAAUGGCUACGUCAACCAGCCGCAACGAGUUGGGGCUAGUCACCGGGAACGAGCCAGAAGAGGGGCACGUGGCGGUCGCUCUCGCGAAUCCAGAGAUGGUUUUAGGGUUUCCGGAGAACAGCAGCAGCGGGAGGGUGAGCAGAAGGUUACUCCUUGUACCGAUUUCGACAUGGCAUACUUUCAUUCCUACGCUCACGUUGGUAUCCAUGAAGAGAUGAUCAAAGAUCGUGUACGAACAGAGACUUAUAGGGCUGCAAUCAUGCAACAUAAGAGUUACAUCGAAGGCAAAGUUGUUGUGGAUGUUGGCUGUGGCACAGGAAUUCUUUCUAUAUUUUGUGCUCAGGCUGGUGCAAAACGGGUAUAUGCCGUGGAUGCAAGUGAUAUUGCAGUGCAGGCAAAUGAAGUUGUUAAAGCAAAUAAUUUAUCUGAGAAGAUCAUUGUAUUACAUGGACGAGUUGAGGAUGUUGAAAUAGAUGAGGAAGUUGAUGUUAUAAUUUCAGAGUGGAUGGGCUACAUGCUUUUGUAUGAGAGCAUGCUGGGAAGUGUUAUCACUGCCAGGGAUCGCUGGCUAAAAUGCGGAGGUAUUAUUCUUCCAUCAAAUGCAACGUUGUACAUGGCACCUGUCACACAUCCUGACAGAUACAGUGAAAGCAUCGAUUUUUGGCGCAAUGUUUAUGGAAUUGAUAUGUCUGCCAUGAUGCCAUUAGCAAAACAGUGUGCAUUUGAAGAACCAUCUGUGGAGACAAUAUCGGGUGAGAAUGUUUUGACAUGGCCACACAUGGUUAAGCAUGUGGACUGCUACACAAUUCAAGUUCAUGAGCUAGAAUCUGUUACAACAAGAUAUAAGUUCAAGUCUAUGAUGAGAGCUCCAUUGCAUGGGUUUGCAUUUUGGUUUGAUGUUGAAUUCAGUGGGCCGGCAACAUCUCCUAUAAAUACUAUUGCAAAUGAUCCUCCUGUUGAUGGAGUUCAGAAUAAGAAAAGGACAAAUCCAAAUGAUGCACUUGUGCUGUCUACUGCGCCUGAGGACCCUCCAACACACUGGCAGCAGACAGUGAUAUACUUCUAUGAUCCAGUAGAAGUGGAGCAAGAUCAGCUGAUUGAAGGUUUAGUGACACUAUCACAAAGCAAAGAAAACCGUAGAUUCAUGAAUAUUCACCUUGAAUACACUUCUGGUGGUCGGUCCUUUGUAAAAGAGUCAGUAAUGAGGUGAUCUCCUUAGGAGUCAAAAGUCAUGACCACUUUUACAAGGUUCAACAAUGAAUCCCAGGAUAUGAUAAUUUUCAAGUCUUACCAUUUUGCAUUGCUCAAUGUGUGGCAAUCUUGCUGGCAAAACCCUGCGAACUUCGACUCUUCUGAUGACUACGCAGAUUCAUGGCUCUUACUAAUUGUUACCUUUGAAAAAUGAAACUGUUAAAAAAAUAGAAACAGGUGAAACAACUGAGAAAAAUAGAUUUUGACCCUAUUAGUGGCCUGAGAUUGCUGUUUUAAGUCAGAGGGAUUGUUUUGUAUUUGUAGGAGAUGUAAACAAUGUAACAGAGGUCUCUAGUUUGUGUCUAUUUGUUGUAUUUGCGUCUUGUGAGCUGUGAAGCCAUUUUUAUGAGCGCGAGUUGCGUAAUGGAUUUCUGACCAUUAUGCAAUGAAACUACAACAUUCACCAUUUGUAGUGGCUUCCAUUAGUUGUUUUACCAUUCGUUCCCA